AUGGCGACGGCAGGUGGGGUUCUACAUGAUAGCUCCGGGGCUUGGAUAGGAGGCUUUGCUCUCCAGAUAGGGAUCUGUUCAGCUCCUCUGGCGGAGCUGUGGGGAGUCUAUUAUGGCCUUGUAAUGGCUUGGGAGAAGCAAGCGACUAGGCUGGAGUUGGAGAUUGAUUCGAAAGUGGUGGUUGGCUUUCUCAAGACAGGUGUUAGCGAGGCUCAUCUUCUAUCUUUCCUGAUAUGCUUGUGCCAUGGCUUCAUUUCUAGGGACUGGUGCGUCCGGAUUUCACAUGUGUAUAGGGAAACAAAUCGUCUUGCGGACGGUUUAGCGAACUAUGCCUUUUCGUUGGAGUUAGUUUUUCAUGCUUUAGAUGUUGUUUCGAGUUGUAUUGAGUUCUUGUUGUCGAGUGAUACUCAGGGCAUGGCUAGUUUACGCCGUGUUUGUCUUUAA